UUCAGCAAUGUAGCUAAGAAGAACAGAUCACACGUAUCUAUGUUGGAAACCCUUUGUAUUUUAUCCCGUCUACCUUGGUGCUCCAUGUUUGAAUUCGACCCAAUCAGCGUUGAGUCGUUAAUCGUCGUCAUACCGUGUUUCCCUCCAAAUAGAAUCAGCUUCAUUCACGUCGAGCUUAAAUAUUCAAAAGCGUCCUCCACUAACAAAGCCGAAGCAGUGCCGCAGCGAUCUCGUCUGUGAGGGCUGUGAUGAAAACUAAUGGUUUCCCGCUAUCUGCGAUAUGCUUCUCAAAGCGGUUGUCAGCUCGAUGCUGUAACAUGUCGGCGAUUUUGAGAUCGUCGGGACGAUGUUAACGGACCACACUGAUAUCAUUUGAAAAGUUUUGUUUACGUUUCUUUAAAAUAUACACAACGUACGUGGAUACGCAUGUUAAACAUGUCGCAGGUGCAACGUCCGUACGUAUUGCCCGCGAGAUCAUCUUGAUAUCGCGAUAUUCGGUGCGUUUGCUCGUUGUCUUCAUGUACCACGGGACAGGCGACCUCAACACGACAGCCAGGCAUAAUGUCUGCUAGCAAACGCAAUUCAUCCUCUUCUACAACUAGUAUCACCUCUUCUACCAAGGUCUGCUGCUUUUGCAAUUCAUCGGAAGACAACGAGUUGGAAUAUGGCAAGUUCUAUGAGCAGGAUGGCAUUGUCACCCAUUAUUAUUGUCUGCUUUUAUCAUCUAAUAUGGAACAAAAAGGAAAUGAUGAUGAGGGUAUACUUGGAUUUCUAGCACAGGAUAUACAUAAGGAACUUCGCAGAGGAAAGAAAUUGGUUUGUUCAUACUGCAAAAAGAUUGGUGCUACUUUAGGUUGUUGCAAUGUAAAAUGUAAACGCAUAUUUCAUUACCCUUGUGGCUUAAAAGCUGGUUCUUUACAUCAGUUUUUUGGAGAAUUCAAAUCAUUUUGUGUAAAUCAUAGGCCGAGGCAGAAAAUUGACGAAUAUAUAUCGAAUCAGAUUAAUAAAAUAUGUGACUUAUUAUGUUAUAUAUGUUAUGAUAAAGCAAACCCCAAAGAUCUUAUAGGAACCUUAUGGGCUCCUUGCUGUAAAAAGGAUGCAUGGUUUCAUCGUAAAUGUGUUCAGCAACUUGCUUUAAGUGCAGGCUAUUUUUUUAAGUGUCCCCUAUGUAACAAUAAGAAAGAUUUUCAAAAUGCUAUGCUGCAACAUGGUAUUUUUAUACCGAGCCAGGAUGCUUCAUGGGAAUUGGUACCAAAUGCAUUUGAAGAGUUAUUAUAUAGACAUGAUCAAUGUGAUGCCACAUUGUGUCUGUGCCCAAAGGGAAGGAAACACACAAGCAGUAACGCUAAAUGGGAAUUGGUCUUGUGUCGGAGUUGCGGCUCACAAGGCAUUCAUAUGGCUUGCGGAAAACUGAAAUGGGCGAAUCCCUUGUGGGAAUGCGUCGAAUGUACUUCCAUAUUGUGUAAGACUAAAGGUCAUGACAGUGGCAGGUCAGGCGAUAGUUCUGACAGUUCUAGUCUGAACAGAGAUUCUGAUUUGGACGAAAGCGAUUCUGACAUCUCUGUUGGCAACGAUUUCCCCUUAUUGUGUUCGUUACCCAACCCUAGUUCAUCUAGCGACUUGUUAAAUUCGAGCAUUAAAUCGCGGCCUGGGCCACGUUCGUUCAAGAUACAACAGCAAUUGAAAGCAAACAGCAUGCUUGAUUUGCUGAACGACACGUCACGCGCGUCCACGCUUACAAGCACUACUGUCACGAAGAGUACAACUAACGAAGCUAGUACAGAAAGUAAUUCUGCACAAGAAAGUAAGGCGAAUAUUUCAUGGCAAAGGAAUAAUACAGAUCAGAGCAAGCAAGAGAAAAAGUUCCUCGACAACGAUGCGAAAUCUCAGUCGAAUUCAGAGGAGAACGUCAUUAUUACAAUCGAAAGUGAUGACGAUGAUGUAGAGAUUAUCUCAUUACCAUGCAAGAUAAAUAUACCAACAAUACAGCUCGCGUGGGCGAACAUGUUUCGUUCGAAGCGUCUUGAGUCUAAUUCGAGUGACUUGACGGAGAAUUCCGCGGAGAAGAGUACAAGCGAGGUCGACCCACUGCAAAUGAGGAAUAUCGCUCAAGCUACCGCGAAGAAAGUACCGAAGAAGCGUGACGGAAUUAAAGAAUCCAACGUAUCGAAAAUUCCAUGUAGAAGCAAAACUGCUGCCUCGAAACAACCCGACGUGACUGUUCUGCUGGAACCCACGCGAGAACUCGCGCAGAAACCUACACAGGAACCCGUGCAGGAACUCGUGCAGGAAUCCGCGCAAGUUGCCACUUCUUCGAGCAAUGACAACUUGGAGGCUUUUUCGGACAUCAGCUCUGUCAUGAAUAUCAAAAUUAUCAAUGUCACUUCCUUAUCGCCAGAAGUAUUCGCAAACGUACCUGAUGUGCGUCUCGACGGGGACGUCGCGUGGUUACAGUCGGACACCGUUGACACGUCUUCCGCCGUGGACAAACCAUUAGAGAAGUGGUUUGUCAGCCAGCAGUCCUCAUCUACUACGAUGAAGCGCGGUAUGCACGAGGAAGCGAACAAUGUCGUGGACAACACUCAUAAGAGAAUUAAAGGAAACGGUUCGGACAGAGCGUUCACGAACGCCGUUGUGCAUGACAUCAGACGAGAACAAAGUCAAAGAACCGAGCCUAAUGUUGAGCUGACGAGUACGGAGAUUCUCAAGAAGAUUGCCGAAAGCGUCGUUAAGUGCGCUACGUCCGCGAGCCAGAUCUCCUCCGAGCUACCCUCGAACAUACCCGGUCAAAAGCACAAUACAUCUGCGCAAGCUGGCACGCACAAGACGGACGCAGUUUACGCGACCGUCGAGUCCAGUCAUCAGCCGAAAAAAAGCGCUUCGAAGAUCGUCGUGCCACAGAGUAGUGAGCUGUUGAUCACGCCCGUAAUUCAGUCCAGCAGGCAGAUUUACUAUAAAGCCCCGCCGACGAACUUGAUUUAUAUGAAUACCCAGCCGAUAUCAUCAAGUCGGACGACUCAAAAAAUCGAGAGUUCGUAUGCCGCCGCGUCGAGCAACGCCACACGACCGCCGGUUAUACAAAACACCGCUAUGAUUAAGAACCGUCAAUCUUUAGUCAAGGCUCAGCCGAUCAACAAAGUGAUCCACACGAACAACAGUCAGCAGACGAGAGGGUCAAGUAACAAUCAGCAAAUUGGACCUCCGAGAGAGGAAACACAUGGUCCUACCGCAGGCAACGAGUCCUCGAGCAGGAUAGUAUGUGACGGGGAUGCAGGCAGGACCAAUCCUGCUGUUGCGCCAACAAGACCUGCCUAUUUCUCCGAGGCAAAAACUGCCGGAGCAGAUACGUCAGACACAUCGGGAGUCACUAGAGAUGUCGUCCGAAGGAGAGAUUCACCGAGAUUUGCGAGAACUAGAAGAAAUUCCAAACGCAAAGCCUGUGAUGAGAGCAAUACCAUGCAUAUCAUGUCCGCUAUUUCACGCAGUCGAAGUGGCAGGACCCAGUGUGACGUCUUCCCCCACGUCACAAAUAACCAUAACACCUGUCAUCAACCUCGAUUGAUACCACAGUACAUGAAUCUACACGAUCUCAAAUUCCGAAUCUGCGGAAUAGAUAACAUUCAGAUGACCUUAUUCGACACGUUCUGUGUGAAUAUACCUGUGGAAAACCCCACGAUGGGCAGCAAGAAUAGGCCGGAUACAACAAUAGGGGCGCUGGGAGAACGGUCACUUAGCUCUCAGAGGCAAUGCGAAGCCUUGUCCAGUUCGGAUCACGUCAACGAUGAUUCCCUCAUGAGUCGUUUGACCGACGACACGACUGAACGCGUGGCUGACGCGGCGACGGUCGUUGCGCACGACGACGCGAAGGAGAAUCUGGAUCCAGUCUCGAGAACGGUCCCUCGUAACGUUGUAUCGAAUAACGUGAGCCUGGCGAACGGUGCUAACGACGUGGACGCGACGAACGAUUCGCGACAGCGUAAAUACGACGCCCAGACGCGUCUCACGGAUGACGUUAACUCGAAGGCGUUAGACCGAGCGAUGUAUAACACUACUACGGAUAGCAACAUGGGUAAGGAUGACGACCAAAGCCCGCGAGUCGAUCAUCGGGAGGGUGUACAGCGCAAGCAAUCUACGCCUGUUACGGAGGAGAACGGCCGGCUGUCCUAUAGACGCACGAUACACAACAUCGACUCCGAUCUGAAUAUCGUGCGCACGAAUAGAAACGUUGAGAAAGUACUGCAGAAUAAUGUCACCGUCACAUCGAAUCGGCGUACCGACGACAAGGGAGCCGACGGCUCACGUGCGACGAACGGUUCUCGGACUGCGUCGCGUUCGCGCAAUCUCUACGCGAACCACAGGAAGAGCACGAACAGUCAUCCGGACCGAACGAGAUCGCAGACCCGGACGGUUACGAACGCGCCGAACAUCAUGUUCAACGAACUCAGCAUCUCGAAUAGACAGAUCGACGCGUGCGAUUCCAGCGAUUCGAUCCGGUGCAUGACGUUUGACGAUCCCACUGUCAGAGUCAGCAUAGAUCUGGACAAGAUACAAAAUCUGAUCGAAUCCAAGCCGGAGUUGUUCGCGAGCGACGACGAAGAGAAAGUGAAAGACGACGACCGGUGUCGUAAAUACAUCAAACGGUCACAUAAUGACGAUUACACGCAGCUAAAGUUCCACGACACCGAGAGCAACGAUGACACAAGGCACUCUCCGUUCCGAAAUUGCGAAUUAGAAGUCGGUCGGAAAACUGUAGACAAGAUCGAGACGCGAGAUUCUCUUUACGGGAACACCUUCAGUCGGUAUCGGAAGCGAGAACUGGAGAGCAGGUAUUUUGACAAGCGUAACAGAUAGUAUAACGUGAUGAAUGUGCAUUGUGUGAUAAGAGACUCGUAGUGAACGAGAUUUACCGGAUAACGUGACUUUCACGCUAUGUUCGUUAGAAUAAAAUAACAGCAAGAUGUUUUGCCAAUGGGUCUGUUUUUUGUCGCUGAACUAGUGCACAUUUCCAGAAUUUAAAAAGAAACAGAUAUGUAGCUGUGACUUUGUAUAAAGGAAAGCGAAAUAGAGAACUAGUGCAAGGCUAUUGCAACUAGUUCAGCUAAAAAGAACAAGCCUAAUGAGUAGCAAAUGCGAACAACUUCUUUUCCGCCGUCUCCUGUCUUCAACUGUAACAUAAUUGCCAAAUUCUUGUAUAAACACGUCCUUUGUAUAUGCUAAGGAGUCACAUUUUUUUCUCUGUAUUAUACUGACUUAAUAAAAAUUAUGCUUUUACUCAUAGGUAAGUGCGCACUGGCUCACAUACACGUUUAUUUGCAAUUCUUUGUAAUACAAAAUUAAACUUGGUUAUAGGUAGUUGAAUUAAACUUAGUUAUGAUUCAAUCGGAGGUUAAAUAAAAUAGCUUAUUUUAUUUAUCGUGAAAGUUUCGUAGGCGAUUUCUCAUCUUACGUAAAUUUAAAAAAUUUAUAAUUAUAAGUUAGUUUGUAUCAAGGACAACUGUAUAUUUUAAGUUUGUAACUUGUAAAUUUAUUAAAUUAAUCAGCGUCAAAAUCCCCGUCUUUUAAAAUGUUGCAGACAACAAAUAUUUCCACUUAACGAAUUUUUUCAACAGGAAUAUUUUUUUCAAAUACUACUAAGGGCCUGGAUGAAAAUAUCUGUUCAGUUCCGGUUUCGGUUUUCUGGACGAUGAAAGUACCGAUAAACCGUUUAAAUUAUGGUUUUUCCGGUUCCGGUUCUAUAAACUUGUUUCCUUACUGAAAUUUUUAUUUACUUAAAUUAUAUAUAU